AUGACUUCCCUCUCCUCCACCCUUCAGAGACCGGCGUUCACAUUCCUCAUGCCACCUAGUCCCAGUGAUGGUCGCCGUAGUGGCGCGGAUUACCGCCCAAGCAUCCGCAAGGCACAAGGCCAUGUGCCAGCCUGCCUGGUCAAUGCUUCGGUGACGUAUUGCAAUAAUGACCAGAUCUACGCUUUCGGCGGCUUUGAUCAGUACACGGAUGAAGUUUACAACCACGUCUUGCGUCUGAAUCUCAAUACUCUUCGGUGGGAACUGGUUGAUAACUAUGGUGACAUUCCCGGUGUCCGCAUGGGUCAUACGGCUACCCUCUACCAAGGUGACAAGUUGAUUGUGUUUGGUGGAGAAAAUGAACACCGCGACCAUCUAUCUGACGUUGUCAUCCUGGACAUCUCAACCUCUACCUGGACUCAGCCGGAAAUCCAUGGACCGAUCCCCCGAGGAAGGGCUCGCCAUGCUGCCGUCAUCCACGAUGAGAAGCUUUUCAUCAUGGGAGGAGUAACCGGAGAGAACAAUGUGAUCCUCGACGACUUGUCGUAUCUGGACCUGAAAACCUGGACCUGGUCUCGCACCUGGAGAUUCACGGCUCGUUUCGACCACAUCGCCUGGGUUUGGGGCGGCCGCCUCUGGAUCUUUGGAGGUCUCGAUCCUGACAUGGAACGUACAACGGAUAUCUGGUGGCUGGAUCUCAAAGGCAUUCCGUCUCUUGGAACGGCAACUUCACAAGGUACCGUGGAUUCCCCAGCGCCAACCAGCAGGAUUACUUAUAGUCCAGACGCUAUCUUUAGUAGCCCCCCGCAGCAGCUUUCGGGCCGGUCCGGCAGCUAUGCAGCGAAUUCCGGGAGUGUUCAAGUUCGCAAUGGCAAUCGUCGGAAACCGAUCGCUCCGGGCGCCAUUUCUUGUCUUCGGUUCAAGUCCGGCCCUCACGUUCCUGCACUGUUCUCUGGCACUCACUUCCAGGCCUAUGCAUCUGGGGUGCUCCUGGAUCUGAUUACUCCGUCCGAGACAGUGCGUACCUAUGAGUGCAACCUGUCAUCACUGGAUCUGGACGCUUUACGUUGGCAGCGGUUGGCUGACGGGCAGGAAAUCUUCAAGCCGGGCUUUAGAUGGCAUUAUUGCACUGUGAACGCUGACGGUACCAAAGCGUGGCUUCUUGGUAGUAGCCUCGACACCGGUGCCACUCCCGGAAAUAGUGAUGAGAAUAACAUGAGCGAGGUACUCUGCAUUGACCUUGAGAGAUACGGCUUGCUGGGAAACGAGCCGUCUGCCUUUUCGCCCAGUCAAAGCCGAACGUCGCUUUCCGAACCAACAGGGAUGGGCUCUUUGUCCGGUUUAGGAGCAGAUCUUUCGGCAGCGUUUGAUCAAUCACCAGAGUCCGGUAGCGGUGCAGACUUUAUCAUUACCGCUAAUUCAGACGAUCAGGUUGAGUCGGACGAUGAGGGGGACACCCCCACUUCACAAUCAGAGCCAGCCUUCCUCUCCCCCAACACACCUACUUCGCCUCCGAUUCAUGUGCACCGGAUCAUUCUGCAGCUGCGAUGGCCCCACUUCAAAAGGCUUUAUUCGGCUCAAAUGGCUGAAUACCAUGCAAACAGGAUGCACAUCCCCGAGCCGUACUCGGUUGUGCGUGCGUUUAUCUACUAUCUGUAUACAGAUAGCAUCGCCGGUCAUUUGGAGUUUUGUUCCGAUAUCAUCGACGUUGCGGGAAUGCUCGUCAUGGCGAAUAUGUACGACAUGCCUAAGUUGCGUUUACUUUGCGUCAAUCGCCUCAGCCGCGAAUUGGAUGUAGAGAACGCUGCAAUCAUCUGGGAGCGUGCAGGGCGCACGAACGAAGAGUGGCUGAUGCGUCGUGCCGCUCAAUUCUGCCUUGCCAAUUGGGGACGUGUUGUUCGGACCGAUGGCUUCAAGUCUCUAAGCCGGCAGAGUUUGAUUGAUCUGUGCGAGGUAGUCGACACUGAGGGUCGUAUUAUUGCCGGGCCCGAGCUGGAGAUGGCUGGAGCUUUCGGAGAAAAUAAGGAUUCGAAGCCUUCCCAAUUGGCCCUGAGCGGUGCUAUUGCUGACAAUAUGGAGGACAUUGAUGGUGAUGAUAUUGAUGGCAUGGAUAUCAUCUAA